AUGGUUCCUAAAGAACUAGUGAACUAUCGAAACGAGAGACAGAAGACAGCACAGGAGAUAUUUACGGAGAGUCACCAAGAUAUGCUCCAGAACUGCAAGGAUCAACUAAUGGAGAUGGGCAAGACAUGUUCGAGCCUUGUGGCGGCCGUGGUCUUUGCGUCGAGCUUCUCCAUCCCCGGCGAGAAGGAUCCAGCAACCGGAAACCCAGUCUACUUCAACAGACUGCCUUUUAAGAUCUUCUCACACGCGUACGUGAUUGGGCUGUCAAGCGCCGCUACGUCUCUGGUGUUGUUCUUAUCCCUCGUCAUAUCGCCUUACAAACAGCAGCAGUUCCGCCGUGCCAUCCCGGCCAAAUACUUCUUUGCCUGCUUAUCAUUUGGGGUGGCGCUGAUGGCUUUCCUGGUGUCGUUCACCUGCAACAUCUUUCUGCAAAUCUAUGGCGGGCAGAGAUCUGAGAGGAAGGACUUGAUUCCGCUCUUGCUCGAGCUCAUGGUCUUUCCAUUCGUCUGUGUUAUCGUGUUGCUCUAUCGUGGCUCGAGUUUUGGUCCAUCUUUUGCUCGCCUUUGGCGUUGA